ACGACAACCGACACGGCAAGUUGUGACAACCAGCACCCUGUCGAUCAAUUUUCCAAUGCGGAAUGGUUGAAAUGUCCAAUAUGCGCACCGAGAUGGAUACAGACACACCGUAAAUUGGCGCACCUAAGUUUCGUUUCCCAAAAAAUUCUAGGCACUGCGUUAUUUAACCCAGACCCAGUCUUUUCCCCUGCAGUCACUGAUACAGUCAACUGAGGAACCAUGGAUGCUCUUACGGUUAUUGCGGUCGCAGCAGGAGCAGGGGCAGCGGUGGUCUUGGCUCCAGUUGCCCUAGGCGCUGUAGGGUUUACCGCCGCUGGCAUCGCCGCAAACUCUGUAGCAGCCGGCAUGAUGGCAUCCGCAGCCACUGCAAGUGGCGGUGGUGUGUUGGCUGGAAGCACCGUUGCUGUUCUGCAGGCGGCAGGUGCAGCAGGGUUAGCUGGGUCUACAACUGCAGUGGUGGCUGGUGUUGGAGGAGCAGUGGGAGGAGCAGUGGGAGAAGCAGUGGGAGGAGCAGUGGUGGCUGGUGUUGGAGGAGCAGUGGGAUGGCUCACCGCUACAGCAGCUGCACUCUUCUCAUGAUCCAAAUAUUGAUGAUUGAUAGCUGUCUUGGGACAGCUCUCGUCUAAGACACUUUUAAUCACAAAGAUCACCCCUUUAAAUAUAUAUAGUUUUUUUUAUCCUUUAUUUAGGGAUACAUAUAAACACUUGAUAUGACGGUGAAGGAAUGCUUAGUGUUAAAAAAUAUAUAUAUUAUUGAAGUUCAUAUCCUCAAUAUUGUGUGCAAUGAAGGCAAAUUAUGACUGACUUGUUCUGUUUGGACAUCUUGGUCAGCUGCACUUUCAAGCCCAGGGCUUUUUUAUACCGUACUUUUUACUUUUUCAUAUUUCAGUUUAAUACCUUCUUUAUCUCAAUCAAAGGUCAAGUGUUGCCAGAUAUAAUGUAAAUAUUUGUCUGCUGUCUUUGUCUCUACAUACAGUAUGUGUCAGCUAGGGAUGGAAAUUAGUUUAGUCUUCGCAACAGGAUGUUUUCCAAUUGAGUUGAUUAGGCGGCUUUCUUCAAAUCUGUAC